AUGAUAGAUUCUUUCCAUUGUUUGGGAAUUUUACCAUUGUCUAGUGAUGUUCUGAAUAGUUCGCUUAUACCUUCCGAUGAGGUUGAAUUUUUUGCUGGGGAAUUUUUGAGUGCGUUAGCCACUGUUAUAAUAUCAAAGUUUACAUCAUUUAGAUUAUGGUUAGAAUAUUUGGGAAGUGUAGGAGGAUCUCUGGAGGGAACAUUCUCAAAGUAUUUUGAGAACAUAUUUCCAAAAAUAUAACAUUUAUCAGCUUCCUCAGUAAUAAUUCUGUUAUCUAUUUCAAGAGUUGGGAUUGGAUCAUUAUUUUUUGUACGGUGUUUUAUAAAUUUAUGAAGUUUAUUAUAAUCUGAAACUAUACCCCUUAUUUUUUGACUGUGGAAUUGGUUAAUAAUGAAUUUGGUGGUUUUACAGAUAUCUUGAUAUUGUUUUUUUAGUUUAAUGUUAUAGUUAUUUGCUUUCAUACGGCGGAAAAUUAAUAGUUUCUUGUUAAUUAAACUACUAAUAUAUCUUGGAUAUUUAAUUCUUUUAUUUUCAGGUGUGGUUGAAAUUGUUUUAUUAGGAAUACUCAGAUCGAUCUGGUUUUUGAGGGUAUUUAGGAAUUCAGAAUAUUUUGAAUCAAUUGUAUAGAAAUUAUUAAGAUGACAGAAAUUGGUAUAGUUUAAUGCGUUUCUUAGUUUAUCAAUAUUUUUAUUGGACAUGUCUCGGAUUUGGAUUGGUUUAUUAUUUUGAGGAAUAGAGUUUAGCUGAAAAUGUAUUGAAAAGUGAUCAGAUAUGCCAUCCUUGACCUCAUAGUUGGCGAAAAGAGUGGUAUUAUUUGUUAGUAAGAGAUCAAGGAUGGAACCUGAUUGGUGAGUUGGUUCUAAAAUGAGUUGAUUAAAAAGGAAAUUAUGACAGAAAUCAAUAAUCGAACUGUCUGUGUUGGUAGGAUUAUUAGGGUUAUUCCAAUCUAUUCCCGGUAAAUUAAAAUCACCACAUAUAAUGAAAUCUUCCUGAUGGAAUUUUGAGAGUUUGGUAAAUAUUUUUUCAGUGUGGAGUUUCUUUGUGUUUGGUGGUCGAUAUAUAAGUCCAAAUCGAAUGGACUUUUUGUUUUUUGGAAAAUAAUCGAUAAUUAGCAGGUCUAUUCCGUAAAAUGAUGUAGAGGAGACUAGAUUACAAUUAAAUUUGGAUUUAGCUAGGAAUGCAAUCCCAC